CAGUGCCUCGCGAGUCGUCGCUCUCGUCGCAUGUGCUGUGUAUUGUCACUCGAACGCGUUACGUUGCAGAUGCGAGACCGUAGCCGCUAAAACCAUGCCCGCCGAAGAGGAACCCGCGGCCAUGGAGAGCCGCGACAGCGACGGAUCCCCCCAACAAUUUUGCCUGAGGUGGAACAACUACCAGAGUAACUUGGCAAAUUGUUUUGACCAACUUCUCCAGACGGAAUCGUUCGUCGAUGUGACUCUAGCGUGUGAAGGACAAAGUUUGAAGGCGCACAAAGUUGUUCUGUCCGCGUGCAGCCCCUAUUUUCAGUCUCUGUUUAUGGACAACCCGUGUCGUCAUCCGAUAAUAAUUAUGCGCGACAUAAAGUACUGCGACCUGAAGGCUGUGGUCGAUUUCAUGUAUCGCGGCGAGAUAAAUGUGUCACAAGAUCAAAUCACGGCGCUGUUAAAAGUGGCGGAGACCCUCAAAAUCCGGGGGCUGACCGACGUGAGCGGCGAGCACGCCGUCCUGAGGCCGGGCGGAAUGGAGCCCCGAGCGCCCAAAAGACCCGUGAGUCGCGAGGCCGAGUCGCCCGCCAAGGCCAGGAGACGAGUGUCCUCGGAGCGCAGCCCGGGCCCGAGCCCGCGGCGGUCGCCCAGCACUCCCGCCGGCGGGGUCGACCUGAUCGUGCCGCCGGCCACGCCGCCGACGCACGCCCCGGCCAUGCCGCCGCUGCACUCCGACGACGGCGAUAUCCGCCCCGGGAUCGCAGAGAUGAUCCGCGAGGAGGAAAGGAUUCCGGGAUACUUUCAAGACUAUGGGGCAGAACACAAGGCUAAGCUGCUCGAGAACUCUCAUGCUUGGCUCGGCGCUUCGACAUCUUCGAUUGCAGUAGACAGCUACCAGUAUCAGCUUCAGUCGAUGUGGCAGAAGUGCUGGAACACCAACCAGAGCCUGGUGCAUAACUUGCGGUUCCGCGAGCGCGGACCCCUGAAGUCCUGGCGGCCUGAGACCAUGGCCGAGGCGAUCUUCUCCGUGCUCAAGGAGGGUCUGUCGCUGUCCCAGGCUGCGAGGAAGUACGACAUCCCGUACCCAACGUUCGUCCUCUAUGCUAAUCGUGUCCACAACAUGCUUGGCCCCAGCGCCGAUGGCGGAGCAGAUCUGAGGCCGAAAGGUCGCGGGCGGCCGCAGCGCAUCUUGUUGGGCGUGUGGCCCGACGAGCACAUCCGCGGCGUCAUCCGCGCCGUCGUCUUCCGCGACUCUCACGCACCUCACGCCGCACACCACAUCAAGGAGGAAGUUCUGCCAGGCUAUCCAGCUAUAACGGAUGGCAUGCCGGUGCAAAACGCCUACGGAAGCGUACCUUGCGGAAACGGCCGCGAGGGCGGGGUGUCGCCCAACGCGGCGGCGGCCGCUGCCGUCGCCGCCGUGGCUCAUGGCCUGCGCCGCCAGAUGUGCAACAUGGUAGUGGCGGCUCAGCGCCCGCCCGACCACCCGCCGCAUCUGGGCCUGCCGCCGCUGCCGCUGCAGUCCCCGCGCCUGCCGUCCCCGCUGUCCGCAGGCCUGGAAUCGCCGCUCUGCUCCCCGCCCCCGCCUGGACACGCGCUCGAGCCCCCCAAGCCCACCGACCCGUUCCGCCCGUUCGCUUCGCCCCGCCCGGAUAGCCGCUACAGCGAGCGUGAUGUUGUCUCUGAAAUAACUGACAUGGGGCCACCAAAGACUCCAGUAACGAUUGCCAAGAAUGGAAAGGAUCAACUGUCGACUCCCGUCCCGGUGAAGAUGGAGCCGCCUUCUGCGGAGACUCGUGCCGAGAGCAUCUGAAGCGAGGCCGCGGGCGCGGCCGCGGCACACCCCUCGGUCGGGGUGCCGCCCUCCCCGCUGCCCGCUUAUCCGUAUUUCGUUCCCAACCGCAAUUCGGUCGGCUACUUCUAAGUGGCCCGCGUCGCGUGUUUGUCACCAUGUAUACGACAUUCCACAAUUCAGACCCAGACCUGGCCUGCAACACCGCGGUUGGAUGACAAGUCGUGCCGAGACCCUGCGCCGGCAGACUACAGUAUUUAAUCGUUUCUAUGGUAUUCGGCAUUACUUUACAUCACAUAUUUAAUUAUUAUUAUUUAAAUGGACUCGCUGUGCAAUAAAAUGCUUGUUGUUUAGUUAUGAAUUUUGUAUUAUUAUGAAAAGAAGUAAUUUUAGUUUACUUUUAAGUUUUUUGUUAAUAGCUAUAGCCAGGGAGCUCCAAUACUAUGGCUCCCGGCCGUUUCUUGUCACUGUCGCUCGGUGUCUCUUUAUUAUCUACUCAAUAGUAGAUCGUCGAACUUACGCGUUAGGCUUAAAAUUAACCUUCUACUUAGAUCCAUCUGUGAACAUCAAAAUUGUACCAUUUGGCCCGAUUCAAAAGACUGUUCGGUAUACCUAAUCAUUCAAUCAAUUUACGUGUAAGACAAAAUUAUGAAUUAGCCUUAGAUGUAACCGUAAAUUAUUAACAUAGAUGUAACUUCUCCUUCAUCGUCAGAUCGAUGUCAGUUUCUCUAAUAGCGAUUAUAGCUGAAAUGUGUGUUGUUGCUUGCGGCAGGCGGCGGCGCGGGCGCACGCCUGCGUCCCCUGUCCUGCCGCCCCCAGCUGAUUGUUCACUGUUCGUGCAGCGAUUCACGUACGAGUAGAUAUUAGUUAUCGCCAAAUGUAAUAUAGAUGUAUCAUUAGCGAGUAGUGAUUGUUCCAAAUGUUAGGCUAUUUUAGAUUCGGGCUCGACUUACACCUCUGCUUUUAAUGCCUCACUCACAAGGGCAGGACAUAAAUUUGUAGUAUAUUGAACAACGCUGAAGUGAUAUAAAAUUAUUUUCGAUUAUUUACAUCAAUAACCGCUACAAACAUUUAAGAGCGUCCUAACUGCUUACAAUUUGUCCGUGUUUAUAUUGUAGAGAAUAAUGUUUCGGAAGUACUCGUAAAAUGCAACAAAUGCAGGUAAAUUUAAAUGUUACCCAAGCAGUUUGUCUGAUGCAGUGCAAUGCAAUCUCGUGCAAUUAAUAGGAUCAAAGGCACAGAUGUCGGCGAGCCCAUCUUAGGAUUAGAAGCACUAAAAUCGCCAAGCAAUGAAUGUUUUACCAUUCGAGUGUCUGCUGAUCUACGCGUAGCUAGUAUACAAUUCAAUUUACUUAGAUUAUUAGCUGUGUAACUAUAUGUAGCGUUCGAUCAGAUAUAUUCAUGCUAAUAACAUGGGGUUUCUUUUAAUUCGCUUUUAACGGACUGUUCCGAGGGCGUCGCGCGCACGCGCAGCGCGGCGGCCACAGCAAAUGCGCUGUUUGGUGUGCGGAACAUGUAGUCUGCGCAGUGUUGCCACCUUGCCCAAGGAGGAAGAAGCUAAACCUAAGGCUGGUUUCAGAGCAGUGCGGAUUGCUCCGCGCGGAGCAACACGCGUGGCGUUAGUUAGGAUAUAGUUUCCGAAAGUGGUCCCCAGUGGGCGCUAGAGAGUCCUGUGGGGGCCUCGGAAGCAAUUGGAGCGCCUUGAUGCUGUUCAUUAGGUGAAAAAAACCUGAAUUAUCUACAUAAACUACACUAUAUAUAUAUUUCCUUGUGAUUUUUUGUGUUAAUAUAAAAAAUACGUGUUUUCAAUUAUUUUUUUCUGGUUGUGGGCGCGUUGGAAUUUUUUUAUCUCGCCUAAGAGGGGGGUGAGUCUAAAACUUUGGGGACCUAUGCGUUAGAACACCGUUUUACAGCGACGCGGAUUGCUCCGUGCGGAACACGCUCCGCGUGAACUUCGCACGAACACCGUGCAAGUUACCCAGUGAAUAUCUGCACUAAAUUAAAUACUCGAUUCAGAGCAAUGCGGAUUCUACGCAUACGGAUGGCCCGCACGCGGACAGUUGUUGACAAUUCACAGCUAUGAAACCUGCCUUAGUAAAAAAGUUGCUAGAUUCUAAGAAAUUAAUUCUGAGUAAAGUUGCCAAAAGUGACUAAAUUAAAAAUAUACCUAUGAGAUUGCGUUUUAAAUAUAUAUUUAUCCUAAUUUUACAAAUGGUUAACCCAAAAGAAUGUCAUCAAUAUCAAUCAAAUCAUUAUUACCUUGUGACGUUGAAGGUCCAGCUUCAUGAUUGGUAUUUGUUUUUGCUGAAAGAUUUUUUAUGUAACAAUUUUGUAAAUGUGGCUAGAUCUAGCUGGAAAUGGACUACCGUGGCAACACUGAGCUUGCGUGCUCCUUAAUGUUGUUAGUAUGAAAAAUUAAGCAUAUAUUAUUGUACAAAUUUGUUUUAUCAAUAUGUUCCCUAUUUUUCAUAGUUUCGGCGGGAAAAUUUUAGCAAAAUCUUCUUGCUACAAGGGUAUACCAUGAUUUUUAGGUAUUUUUGGCGGACAUACGUUGGCGUUCGUUCUUUCGUACAUUAGAUGGAAAGGGCUGGUGGGGGGUGCGCCGGCGCCUCACGGCACGGCGCGCGCGCUGCUUGCUGGAGCAAGUCUCGUCGCAAAACACGCUCGAGUAGCAUGUUUUAAAAUAAAUCUCCAAGUGGCCUUGAUACUUCACUUUUAUUUGGAAUUUGGAUUGUCCGAUUUGGUUAAAGUUUGGAUUAGAGUAUAAAAAAGACCAAAUUAUUAAAAAUACAUUUGCGAUUCAGAACUAAUGUUGAUACUGUUUUGGCUAUCCUUUUGGAAAUAAAAUUUAAUAUAGGUGAAAAUUAAAAAGAAAAGUUAUAUGAUGGCCUAUACGUUUCGGAUGAAUUGCGUAAUUUUUG